UCAAUGAACUGAUGUGACUGGCACACAGGAAUCAGGAAACAAAGAAGUCUUGUAUAUGCACUUGGAUCUGGCCAGUCUGAAAUCUGUGAGGUCUUUCGCUGAAAACUUUCUCAAGAAAGAAUCCAGAUUGGACAUUCUUAUCAACAAUGCAGGACUUGUAAUUGAUGGCAAGACUGAGGAUGGCUUUGGAAGGAUCUUUGGCGUCAAUCACCUCGGUCACUUUCUGUUAACCAUCCUGCUGCUGGAAAGGUUAAAAGAGUGCGGGCCCAGCAGAGUUGUGACAGUCUCUUCAAUGGCCCAUUGGUGGGGGAAAAUUGAUUUUGACUGCAUCAACACUCAUAAAGAUUUGGGUUUAGGAAACUCUGUAGUGGCCUUAUUAAGGUUGUACAGUCACAGCAAACUAUGCAAUGUCCUCUUUACACAUGAACUGGCCAAGAAACUCAAAGGCACAAACGUCACCUGCUACAGUCUUCAUCCAGGGGCCAUCAAAACAGACAUCGGUCGCCACAUAAAUAUAUGGUGGCGGAUUUUCAUGGCACCAAUUUUGCUGCUUUUCUUUUCGGACGUGGAAUGCGGAGCUCAGACGUCUCUUUACUGUGCACUUGAAGAGGGUAUUGAACCCUUAAGUGGACACUACUUCUCUAGCUGCGCAGUGCAGAACCUUACCACUAAAGCCAGAGAUGAUGCAGUAGCCAAAAAGCUUUGGGAAGUCAGCGAGAGGCUUGUUGGUUUAGCCUGAGAUCAUCAGUUUCAUUACACCUGUAUGGAUUUGCACUUGCACAGUCUGUUUAGUGGCAUCUGUGGACAACUGUGUUGGAGAAAUCUGUGUUUCUGCAUAUUAUAAACAGGCUGUUUCAAACGUUGCAGUUCAUAAC